CCACAAAAUGGACAUGGACACGAAGGUGAUGGAUGUAGUUGGGGAGGCACAUUUUCCUCAGCCUCUGGGGUGUCCUUCACCCUGCGGGCCGGAGGAGUUCUGUGAUUUCCAGAGGGACGCGCCACAGUGUGAGAAAUGCACCAUGUGCCCACCCGGCUUCUUCCUGAUCUCACAGUGCUCUCCUAAUGCAGACAGGAUGUGCCAGGACAGAGAUGAAUGCCUUGAAUUACCAAGCAUUUGCGGAGAGCGAGUGAAGUGUCUUAACACUCCAGGAGGGUUCAGGUGCUUGGGAGUUUCUGAGAGAGAGGCAGUCGCUGGCCUGUGUGGCCAUGAGUACUUCUAUAACCAGGAGCUGCAGGAGUGCCAGGCCUGUUCUGACUGCGACGGCGAGCCUGUCAGCGCUCCCUGCACAGCCGUCAGCGACGCUGUUUGUGGCGUGCUCUCGGAGAACCGUCUUUCCCAGUCCUGGGGAGCUAAUGUGGCCGUUCCUCCUGCCAGGACCCCCGGUAACCUCAUCUUCCCUGGGCUCCAACUUAACAUCCGAAGCAAGGAGAGUAGUGAUCUGCUGUCCAACCAGGCUGGGCGGCUGACCUUCCAACAGCACGGCCUGGUGUGGCUGGACCACAACUUUGCUCUGAAGCACAGCUGCAGGAACUUCCUCCAGGUGGGAAUGCGGCUCAAUGGGAGCCAGGAGGAAGAGGGUCGUGACCUCAGUGGUGUGCGAAUUGAACAACCAGAAGGGAAGUAUUUCCAGGGCGUCAGCGUCAGCAGUGGGGUUGAGGUGGAGCCAAACCACACCCUGACUCUUUUGCUAAAGAGCCCGAACCAACAUUGCAACCAGAGCAAGGACAUCCAUGUCUAUGAUCUUCACGCUCCUUCCUUAAGUCUGCUCUGGUUGUCCCAUGAUACCGGGGCAGUGGCUAUGACGGCACAGAUGUCCAUGUCAGCUCACUACCAGACCAACUAUCGCCCCACGUUCCGCAUGACCUCCGUCUCUGACCCUUACAUGAUUAGCCUGACCCAUGACAGCCGUGGGAUACGCUUCACAGAAAGCGGUGUGGUAAAGUUUGUCCUUCAGCAGGCUCUGUAUUCCAUGGGUCACACCUGUGUUAGGGAGGGAUUCUCCCUCAUCGCCUAUACCAACCGCAACGGGACUGGCCAGGAAGUGAUGCGGGCAUACAAGACAGGCGUUAACUACAGGGACACCUCCAUCAGCCUGUCUGGUGCUGUAAAGGUGGAAAAUGGAGACACUUUGAGUUUUGAGAUCACCUCUCCAUCCCAGUGCAAUAUCCGCUACUUUGGGGACAGCACGGGGAUCAGUAUGCUGAGCCUGAUCUGGAUUCCUUCAGCUGUGUCGUCAGCCCUGGCUGCUACCGUGUCCAGGACUGGCCUUCCCUCUGGAGCUGUCAGAAACAAGCCCCUCUUGUUCCAGCAGAUCAGCCCGGAUGCGCCACAAAUCCAUUUGUCCCGUACGGGUGAACCAAACAGCCGGAAGAACUUUAUAUUCCGUGAGAAAGGGACAGCAAACGUAGCCCUCAACCUGAAGCUGAUCCACUCCUGUAAUGUCGUAAAACUCACUCUGCACCGGGCGGGGGGUGCUAGCGAGGGCGGGCAGGCAGCUCCUACCGGUCCUGUGGCUCAGCAGGUGUCUGGAUACAUGCCUGAGGGGAGUGAGUGGGCCAGCGUGGGGCUGAGGGCCUCAUUUGAGGUCCAGAAUGGCACAGCUAUCUUUGUUACCCUGGACUGCGUGCGCGGACGAGUCAAUCAGAUAACUCAUGAAGGAGGAACUAACAUUUCCAUUCUCUGGGUGGCAUUGUGAUCCAAACACGGAUGGAGGCUUGGUCAUGAUAUCAAUGCAUUUCAUCAGAAAAAAAAAAAGACAAUGGUUUUGCACAAUAAUGAAUUGCUGAGCAGAUUCUACAAUUUACCAAAGUGAAGUAGGGCUUUAGUUAAAAGAAAAUGUCUUACUCGUCUUAUACAAAUAUUUUGUUAUAUUAGGGUUUUGCAGUUUAUUUUUUAUCCUGUAUAGACUUUUAUUGUGAUGAUUUAUAUACUGUAAGUACUGCUUUUGCUCUAAGUACUUCGGCUGGUUGAGCAGUGACCAAUUCCUCAUGGAGUGUGUGUGUGUGUGUGUGUGUGUGUGUGUG